GGUUGGGGUGGGGGGUCUAGGUCUUGCUCCAGGUCACAUCUGGCUCCCAGAGCAGCCGUGUCAGGAAGGAAGGUUUUCCACCCCUCAGAUCACGUGCUGUGAGAUGAUGGAAUGAGGUCAUAGGCUGCGUGCACGUUACAUGAGCAAUCGGACUCCUUAUUCAAAACCGGAAAUGGGCUGGGGAGUGUGAGGCCUCCCCGGCCAGGCUCAGAGCCUCCGCGCCGCACCAGCCCUCAGUGCGCCUGCACCCAAGACCAUGGAGGUCGCCGGCCCCAUGCUGCUGCUGCUGGCACUGCUGUGGGUGAAGCCCAGCCAGGGUCUUGAGUGCUUCCAGUGUGUCAACGUCCUGGACCCCCGCCAGUGCCACCCCGUCCUCUGUCCCCUGCAGGCUGGAAGCUGCCCCUCUGCUGUAGCCACUGGCACUAUCAAUGGGCAGAAGUUCAGCUACAUUACCAAGGGCUGUGGCGUUCCCUGUGCCCACGUUAUGAAAUUUGCCAGUCUUGAGGUCCCUGGAGAGUCUUACCCCAUACAAACUGAGGAUGGACGACAGAUUAACAUGAAGAUUGAAAACAUAAAAACGACCUGCUGUGAAGGAAACCUCUGUAACGAGGCUGCCCGAGUUUGGCCUGGCCUCUGGGGCCUGGCUGUCAGGGGGCUCCUGCUUAGCCUGGGCACCCUCCUCUGGGCCCUGCUGUGAGCCCAGCCCACCCUGGCACUGCCCCUGGUGGGUAAAUUAGAGGAGGGCAGGGUGGUUGCCCAGCGCAGCCCUCAGCUCCCUGCCCUGAUGCCUCUGCCUGACCACCCGGCAGCCCAGAGACCCCCCCCCACCCCAAAGCCCAGAGAACCCCUCACCCCAAAGCCCAGAGAACCCCUCACCCUGCAGCUUAGCUGCCUGCUGGCCCAAAUAGAAAAUGCACAUGCUCAGUCCAA